AUGAAGUCGGGUGAAAGUCUAGGCUCGCCACCCCCGAUGUACACUACAGAGUCCGACGAAGCUUCCGACGGUGAAGUCUUGCCUCCAUACCCGACGCAGGCUCCAGCGUCGGCCGCAGGUCCCGCCAGGCCGCCCUUGAGUAGAAGUCCAGCGACGGUGAAGCACACUGAAGCGGUCGACGGUCACAUCUGGCCGCGCCCGAUGCGGAUUCCAGCGUCGAUGAGGCCCAUUGAAUCAGUCGACGGUCAUAUCUGGCCACAUCCUACGCAGACCCCACGACCAGUGAUGCCCAUUGAAGCAAUCGAAGGUCCUGCCUGGCCACGCCCGAUGCGCGCACCAGCGUCGACGCUCCCUGCGGAGAGGCACAAUGGUCUACCAGAUGUACAUCGACUCCCAGGGUCCGGGGACCGGGGAGUUCCAGAGUUAGCGAUGGACGAGCAGGAAUACUGGCGACAGCAACAGGGAGGGGGUGAGGCACUAGCGGCGCCGGCAAUGGAUGGUACCUUCCCUGUGUACCGGCGGAAUACCAUCAGCCUGUCGCGCGCUUGUCUCACCUUCGUAGUCCUAGUUGUUGUCAUCAUGACCUGCUACAUCAUCGGCACUCGUCUCGUCUUUCUCUCCAAGUGGUCCCCGGCGUCCCUGAUUAACAGCUUCUAUGGUCCCUCCCGGAACACUGCUACCCGCGGGACCCCGCAGCCGCCCGUGGACAGGCCUUGUCAGCACUCUAACAAAGACUUAAGGCUGAAGAACAAGCUUCUCCCGUUCGUCUUCGUCAUUGUCCUUGGCUUGCUGCUCACUAUAGCCUGGUACUUUUUGCGAUACAAGGUGCACGCAGGCAGCGAGAAAGCACUGCUCUGUCUCACGGAUGAUUGUCGCGAAUAUGCUUCGUACUUAGACUUCCGCCGCAACCUUUCCGUGGACCCUUGCAGCGACUUCUAUGCCCACGUCUGUUCCUCGUGGCAGCCCCCUUAUGGCUACGACCAGGUCGCCAGUACAGCGAUGGCCGAGAUCAUGAUCAGGUGGAUACGGUCCUUCGCCCGAUUUUUAGACCAGGCCGCGAGCGCCAGCGUGGUGGGCAAGAAGCCGCAGGCGAUGUUCGAGGCAUGCGUGGCAGAUCAUUCAACGGAUCUUUCCGACGUCAAGCGCUUUCUUCGAUUCCUUUCUGAGCUCAACCUGUCGUGGCCGGAGCAGCCGCCUGUAGUGCCCAGCGCGCUCGGCGUGCUGAUCGACCUAGCCUUGAACUGGCGCGACACCUUCUGGCUCACGCUCAGAGUGGAAGUGAACAACGAUACGCAGGAGCAGAAACCUCGGAGAAAGAGGCUGCUGAUAACGCCAGGAAACGAAGACGUACUCUCCUUCUUCGCCAGAAACCAUUUUCACGUGCAAAAGCACCACGCGUACUUAGAUUACUGGACGAUGCACUUUAAGGCGCUCUACGGCAACCAAACCGUCCCUCUCACGGAUCAAGAAAUCCUCGAGAGUGGCUCGCUGCAGACGACGGUCGUGAAUCUCCUGCAUGACGCGAUCAAGCGUAAACCGAGAGUGCCGCUUCUCAUUCCACUCUCUCGGAUCGGUAAUUACACGGGAAGGCUGAAUUCUUCACUUUGGUUGGACCAGCUCAACACUCACGUUGACGACCGAUUUUCAUUCAAUAGCGAAGAUGAAGCGUUUGUCGAAGACCGCUACUUUCUCGAGACAAUUGGUGAACUGUUCACACUGCAUGCAGAUGAAGUUCUGCUCCGUCAAAUGUCUUGGGAAUUCAUACAAACACACAUCGUCGCGCUGGACAAAGCACCCUUGGAGAUAGCCCUCUGGGGGAAAAUCCACGCCGCACCUUACAUUCCGCUCUACUGCGCUUUGUACGUCGAAGACGUCUAUAGGCCGCUUCUUGCUUUCUUGUACUCAACCUUAAGUCUGACAAACCGCGACCGCCCCCUUGUGAACGCUGGCCUGGAGAACGUCAUGCGGCAAAUCACGAAAAUGGUGAACUCGUCCUGGUUAAGCGAGUCAAGCAGAGUGACAGCCAUAGAGAAGUACAAGUCUAUGCGCGUCAAACUGUGGCCACCAGACCUCGCCCAAGAAGAAGUUGAUAAGUUGUACAGAUGCUUUCCCAACAGUGGGAGGUCAUUCGUGCACAUCUGGAUCGAUGGACUCGAGUGCUUGCGUCGCGUAUCGGGCACUCCGUUCCAAGAGAGCAGUCGUGGCAUGCACAAUGUCAUAUCUUCCCACUCAGUCAUUUACGACUACCUUUCAAACUCCAUUGAUGUGGCCGUUACAAUUUUCUCUCGCCCCGUGUACUACUCAUAUGGGACGAGAGCCAUGUUCUAUGGGGGCGUGGGGUUCUUGUUCGCCUCGCAGAUAAUGAAGGCGCAAGACCCGACUGGUCUCUACAUUACAGCUAACGCAAGCGUAGUGGAGGGCUCCUGGAUGUCCCAGUCAGACUCGGACGAGUUCCAGAACAGGGUCCAAUGCCUUGGCAUCGGUGCCGAAGACUAUCUCGUCUCCCACGUCGCAGCGCUGGAAGCUACGUACUCCGCAUUCGCCGCAGACGAUGACCUCGAUUACAGUCGCCGUUCUAUAAGCAGGAACCUGACGGAAGCUCAGGUCUUCUUUUUGAUGCUAUGCCGUGCCAUGUGCCACGUCACGGAACCUGACCGAGAUCCAUACGCCGACUGCAACAUGCUGCUCAGAAACUCGCCGCACUUCUCCGAAGCCUUCCACUGUGCUCGUGGAUCGCCAAUGAACCCUGAAAUAAAAUGUGGCUUCUUCGAUUGA